AUGACAAUACCGGAUCUCAACAGACGACAGACUCAAUGCAAUGUCCUUCCAAAUAUCUGUCCCCAGACCUGUAUCAUCACUUUGGGGGGAUGUUCCCACUGCGUCAGUUCCUGUGCAACAAUUCUUGGACAUCAGAAUCCAUCAGGGUACCCGAUGGGGGCAAACAAUGGCGGUUCCCUAUCUUACAGUUUUUUAAAUGGCGGAGGAACUCCGAAUGGCGGAGGUGGAUCGUCUUUUUUGUCACCAAACUCAAUGAAUUCCUUUUCAUCUCUAUCCGGGUCAUCCGGGCCAGCAAACUAUAAUCCCGGAAAUUUAGGACCCGGUAACCCCUAUCUCAGCUCCGGAUUCGGAAGUUCUGCAAUCGGAACUAAUUAUAAUCCAGCAAAUCCGGGACAGACAAACGGAGGGAUUCCCUUCGGAGCCAAUAGCGGCGUCUUUGGACAACAGCCAAGUGGGUACAAUGGCGGACAGUUGUCUGGACUUGGGAACCAGAUUCCUGGAAAUCCAGCCAAUCCACUAUCAGUGCACACGACUCAAGCGCCACCUACUACAACAACUCCUAUUCGAACAACAGCGACGGGAGCCACUCAGACCUGUCGUCCAAUAUCUUGUCCAGACAUACAAUACGUCCACUACAUCAAUGGCUGUCCAGAAUGCAUCAUUCCGACCUCGCCAUCAUCUACAACAACUUCCAGGCCGACAACGACAUUGAGAGCGACCUGCGCCCCCUUGCGGUGUGUAGCGCCGUGUGAUAAAGGAAUCGGGAUAGGGCCCACAGGCUGUCCGAUGUGUUUAUGUAAAUAA